GAUUCUUGUCCUUUGGUAAAGAACAUUCUUCUUUUAGACUCUGAAGGAAAGCGUGUGGCUGUCAAGUAUUACUCAGAUGAUUGGGCAACUAAUGCUGCCAAGUUAUCUUUUGAAAAAUACGUCUUCUCAAAGACCUCUAAGACCAAUGCUCGCACAGAAGCGGAGAUCACGCUGUUGGAGAAUAACAUUAUUGUCUAUAAGUUUGCCCAGGACCUUCACUUCUUUGUUACAGGAGGGGAAGAUGAAAACGAGCUCAUCUUAUCAUCAGUUCUUCAAGGCUUUUUUGAUGCUGUUGCAUUACUUCUGAGGAACAAUGUUGAAAAGAUGGAAGCCCUUGAAAACUUGGAUCUCAUCUUUUUGUGCCUUGAUGAGAUGGUUGAUCAGGGGAUGGUACUGGAAACCGAUGCCAAUAUUAUUGCGGGGAAAGUAGCAAUGCAGAGCGCAGAAGCUAGUGGUUCACUCUCUGAACAGACAUUAACUCAAGCAUUGGCAACAGCUCGGGAGCAUCUAGCAAGAAGUCUUCUUACAUGA